AUGAAGGAGGGCGACAGUGAUGUUGUGAUAUCCAGCACUGACACCUCCAGAUGGUCCUCCCCCUGCAGACUGCAAAGUGACUCCAAUAGAUCCAACUACACAUCUGACUUUGAAGACCAGGAUGACACGCUUACAGACAAGGCCCCAAAAGCCAAGACAACAGACAAGUGCCUGGGACCGGACACGUGCAGAAGAAAAAAAGGUAAAAAUACACAUGGCCCCAACAAGCAAAAGACAAACUACGCUGCAAACCGCAAUGUCCUGAAGUGGCCUCCAAUCAAGCCCAAGCCGGUGUCAAAGCCUGGCAUCCCGUCCGCCGAUUUGAACUCCAUCGGGGACCUCAAGAACCAGGUGUGGGAUCUAAAGCAGCAGCUGAGCGAAGCCAGGACGGAGAUCAAGCUGCUGAAGAGGCUGCAGCAUCGCCACACGGCGGCGCUGGAGCACUUCCAAGAGUCGAAGGGCAGCUUCUCCCAGAUCCUCACCAACCACAGCAACGAGGCCCGGGGCCUGCAGGGGACGCUCCGCGAAGUCCGCGCCUGUCGUGACAAUCUUGCAAGGCGGCUACAGAGCACAGAAGACCAGUUGCGGAGCACAAGGGGCAGUCUCCAGCACCUGCAGCAGCUCAAUCAGGAUCGCAGCCUGCUGGAGAGGGAGGAACUCGCCGUCCGGCUAACCCGGGCCUCUGCAGCGCUGGAGGACAAGGGCAAGCGGAUACUGGACUUGGAGAAGAAUCUUGAAUUGUGCCGAGCCUCUUUCAGUCGACAAAUAGCCACUGAGCAAAGAAAGAUCAGCGAGGCGAGAAAGAUAUCCUUCCAUCUGCAAACGCAAAUAUGUCAGUUAAACAACGAUGUUCAAGAUAGAGAGAGAGAACUGGAAACACACAACAUCUACUCCCACAGGUUCCUAAAAAGACCUUCUAAAAAAGAAAGAAAAAGCAAGAUGGUUCAAACAGAUGCAUUGGUCCUCUUCCCCACGGCAGUCGGGAGUCUUCCGAUCUUAGAAUAUAGGGAGACGGAGGAGAGGCUAGAGGAGCUGGGGAGGUCUGUGAACCAGCAUUGUCACAAUCCAGUGCGGAUGUCAUUGGCUGUAGAAAAUCCAAAGAAAGAGGUUUCUGAGAAAGUUUCAUUAGAAGUGGAUCACCCGGAGGAAACGGAGACAUGUGCAGACACCGGUGAUCAUAGUAAUUGUUUAGAAGAACAUCAAACAGAGGAAAGGUGUGCUGAAGUCAAAGAGGCCCCAGAGGCUCCCCCGGUGUGCAGGAAACAGAAAACAGAGGCACGCGAGAACCAGACGUCGCCGAUAUCGGAACAGUCUCAGAAUUUGACCCAACCCAAGAGAAAAGGGUACAAGCUCCCCAAAAUCAGACGCGACUACAGCUUCCCACAAUCUAUUGAGAACCUGCACAACGGAAUACCCGUCCACAGGGGAGUGGACUUAAGGUCCCUCUACAACCGCAAGGAGCCCAAUCAAAGUGGAGACCAGCAGCAGUGGGAUUGGUGAU